AAUGUCCCCAAGCUCCAAGGCGUUGACCUAGUAAACCAUCGCUUGCCCAAUGGCCGCCGCCGCCGCCCCCGCCGCCGACGCGUUCCCCUCCACCGUCCCCGCCGCCUCGUCCGACUCCGACUCCGAAGACCUCCUCCUCCUUCCAAACCUCCUCCCAUCCGCCACCGCACCCUCCUCCCCAUCGCACGCGCAGCUCCACCACUUCCACGUCCCGUCCCUCCCGUGCCCCAUCACCGUGCGCGCGCUCCCCUCGCGGGGCCUGUCGUUCCAGCUGUGGCCCUCCGCAUCCACGCUCCUCCGCGUCCUCCCGGCCUCCCCGCACCUCCUCCCGCGCCCGCCGGCCCCGGGGAGCCCGCCGCUCAGCGUCCUCGAGCUCGGCUCCGGCACCGGCGCCGCGGGGCUCGCGCUGGCCGCGGCGCUCCCGGCCCGCGCCGUCCUCUCGGACCUCCCCGACGCGCUCCUCAACCUCCGUCACAACGCCGACCUCAACGCGCCCCUCCUCGCCUCCGCCGGCGGCGCCGCCUCCGUCGUGCCGCUCCCCUGGGGCGACGCGGCGGCGAUGCAGGACGUGGCGGUGGCGCAGGCGGAGGCACCGUUCGACCUCGUCGUGGCGUCGGACGUGGUGUACUACGAGGCAUUGGUUGACCCGUUGAUCGAGACGCUGCGGUUCUUCAUCAAGGGGGAGGUGGUGUUCUUGAUGGCGCACAUGAGGCGGUGGAAGCGCACGGACAAGAAGUUCUUCGGGAAGGCGAGGAAGAUGUUCAACAUCGAGGUCGUGCACGAGGACCCGCCGCUCGAAGGUUGGCGCCACGGGCCGGUGGUUUACCGGUUCACCGCGAAGAAGCAGCACGGCAAGAAGUGAUGAAGCUGCGUCAAGGUAAUGGUUGCCUGCUUUGGCUGUGUUCAAGUUGUAUUGCUGCUGCUGUUGAUGGUACCUCAACGAAAUUUAGAUCCCAAUGUUCUGGCAAUGUGAACAAGAACAGUAAAAUUGUGCAACUCAGGACUGAAACUUGGUUAAGUUUGCUCACUGACUGAAUUGUGAUUGUAUUGGGUUGGAGGUGUUAGACUGUUAGUGUUACUUUAGUUUACUUUAUGCCUGGUUUCAUGAGUGCAAUUUUUGUGUCACAUUCCAGUUUCGAAUUUGAUGAAGUUUGAAGGACCUGAAUCUAGUUUGAUAAAACAUGAUUUGAACUACAAGGUAGGUUGCUCA